GAAGCCCCUGUCAAGUCAAUACACCCAAAGUCAGUGAAGGAAAACGACGAAAGGCGAAAAGAAACCGAACGGAGCUUACUGGGGAUUUGGAGAGAUUUUUGCUCGAAGAGUCAUCGGAGUUUAAGUGGCCGAACGCUUCAGAUUUUCUUCCGUCGUAACGCUGACUAAUCAACACCGGUACGAGACGCGAAGCAACUACAAGAUGACGUUAGAGCAAGUGGAGGCUAACCAAGCUACCAUGAGGUCAGACAUCAAUACGAUCCAAGAGAAGAUGGAUCAACUGCUGGAAACAAUGCUCGCCAUCGCCCAGAGAGAGAGGGUUGCUGAUGCAGAAAAUGAGGCUAGAAGGAAUGAUAACCCAUCAAGUUUGGUCCACCCAGAUGAGAGCUACGUCCACGCCAAGAAGAGUCUGGUUCACAUACCAAUAGGAAGCAAAGGAGAGGGGGAUCGUGCAGAGCCUUCUGAAGCACCUGCUCAUUAUGGGUCCGAAAUGGGAGAUGACCCGUAUGAAGCUUUCUAUGUGCCGGAUCAACCAAAGCCUAAAACACUUCCAGAUCCAUCUGCAGAUAGGCUUCGUGCCUUGGAAAAGAAGAUCAAAGCUAUCGAAGGGAAUAAUAUCUUCGGUGCCUCUGCCAUGAACAUGCGUCUGGUAUCAAAUUUGGUCAUCCCGGCUAAAUUUAAAACUCCUGAUUUCGAGAAAUACCAAGGCCAGACCUGCCCAAGAAGUCACCUAGUGAUGUACUUCAGGAAAAUGGCUGCUCAUACCGAAAAUGACAAACUGCUUAUACACUGUUUCCAGGACAGCUUGAGUGGAGCAUCUCUGAGAUGGUACAUGAGCUUAGAGCAAGGGCGGAUUCAAAACUGGGAAGAUUUGGCUGACGCAUUCCUCCGUCAGUACAAAUAUAAUUUGGAUAUGGCACCUGACCGAAUGCAGUUGCAAGGGAUGGCAAUGAAAGAAAAUGAGUCCUUUAAAGAAUACGCCCAGCGAUGGAGAGAGUUGGCUGCUCAGGUAGAGCCACCAUUGUCUGAGAAGGAAAUGACUGGAAUAUUUGUGGACACGCUGAAGGACCCAUUCUUUGAUAGAUUGGUGAGUAGUGCAGCAUCCGAUUUUGCACAUCUGGUCACAAUCGGAGAUCGUAUAGAAAAGGGUCUGAGGGAUGGAAAGAUUUCAGGAGCCGUGGCAACCUCUAGCGCACCGAAAAAGUAUUCUGGAGGCUUCCAAAAGAAAAAAGAGGGUGAAGCGAAUGCUGUAUCUAGAGGCUACAAAGGGAAGCAACAGGCUUCAUAUGGCCAAGUCGCUGCCGUGGUACCCAUACCUUAUCAACAACCCAUACAACAACAACCAAUGUAUCAACCACAACAUCAACAACCUCGUCAACAACAGAACACAGCACCACCAAGACAAUUCAAGCCAAAGCCUCCAAGAAGGCAACUUGACCCUCUACCAGUGCCUUAUAGCCAAAUAUUCCCAUAUUUGCAAAAGGAGGGUCUCCUGACAUUGAGGGAGUUGAAACCGGCUGUUUUUCCAUAUCCACCAGGAUAUGAUGCUAACGCCCAUUGUGAAUUUCACAUGGGAGCGCCCGGCCAUACUCUGGAGAAUUGUUUUGCAUUCCAAAAUAGGGUACAAGACCUGAUUGAAGCAAAAGUUGUUACUUUCACUCCAAGACGCCCGAACGUGAACACUAAUCCCAUGCCAACACAUGGAGAUGCUUCCGUCAGUGCCAUUGAGGAGAGUGAUCAGGGAGAACUGAUUCUUAAGGUUGAAGAGAUUCAAACCCCUAUCACCAUGAUAGGGGCACAACUGCUAAAAGGUGGUCUAGUCCCAGAGGAGCUAGUCAAUGAUGAGAAUGAUGAAGGGUUGAGAAAUUUUAUACAACAAAUGCUGGACCAAGGCGAGUUACAGAUAAAUCGCUGUGUCAAGAACAAGGGAGAGAAAGAGAUAGCCGUCGUGGUGGACAUCCUCUAUGAUGAGGUUAACGUGGACAUCCCUUUUGAUGAGGUUAACGUAGACAUCCCUUUUGAUGAGGUUAACGUGGACAUCCCUUUUGAUGAGGUUAAUGUGGCCAUCCCUUAUGAUGAGGUUAAUGUGGAAAUCCCCAUAAACCCAUUGGUGAUAGAGUUUCCAGCACCGUUCGCGUACAAGGAUGAGAAGGCGGUACCGUGGAUAUAUCAGCCCAGAGCUUUUAAGCAAGGGCAGGAAGACCGACCCGUAGUGAUCAGUGAACCAAACGUUACCUCAAUUGUGGGGCCAGCCGGAAUGACGCGCAGUGGCCGAGUGUUCGCGCCAAGGGCUGUUGAUGCUUCUACAAAAGCCAAAGGGAAAGAAAUUGCUACUCCUGUCCAAAUCCCUGUCCCAAAUCAAGAAAUGCAAGAAAUGCACCUGUCGCCUAAAGUUGCGGUCACUCGUGAGGAGGCUGAGGAAUUUCUAAGGAUAAUCAAGAAAAGUGAUUAUAAAGUGGUGGACCAAUUGAAUCAAACACCUUCAAAAAUCUCCAUGUUAUCUCUGUUGCUCAACUCAGAAGCACACAGGAAUUCAUUGUUGAAAGUGUUAAGCGCAGCACAUAUCACGAAAGACAUAACAAUAGAACAGUUUGACGAUGUGAUAGCUUGCGUAACCACUGGAAAUUUUUUGGGGUUUAAUGAUGAUGAACUACCAGUUGAGGGAAAGAACCAUAACAAGGCCCUACAUAUCUCCUUGAAGUGUAUAGAUACUAUAUUAUCAAGGGUAUUAGUAGACACAGGUUCCUCACUGAACGUCAUGCCAAAAACCACGUUGAUAAAGCUGCCGAUGGAAGGGAUGAAUAUGAAGCCCAGCACCCUAAUUGUGAAAGCAUUCGAUGGCUCAAGACGAGCAGUGAUAGGAGAGGUUGACCUACCAAUCAAAAUAGGCCCAACUUUCUUCAAUAUCACAUUCCAGGUUAUGGACAUACAUCCCGGUUAUAGCUGCUUACUUGGGAGACCAUGGAUCCACUCUGCAGGUGCCGUCACCUCCACUUUACACCAAAAGCUAAAAUUCAUUACCAAUGACAAGAUGAUUGUGAUUGGAGGGGAGGAGGAUAUCUUGGUUAGCCACUUAACAUCUUUCCGAUAUAUCGAAGUAGAUGGCGAGAUAACCGAGACACCAUUCCAGUCCUUGGAAGUGGUGAAUAUGAUGGCUGUUCAAAAGACAUUGGAGACUCCGAAGUCAGGACCAUCCAUGGCCUCGUGGCAAGGAGCUAAAGCUGUGAUGGAAAGUGAAAACGCUCAAGACUGGGGCAAAGUGGUGGAAGUGAACCAGAAGCGAGACAAGUUUGGGUUAGGGUAUGACCCAUCGUUGACUGAAGCCAGUAACCAACACGAUGAAGAGCAGAUUCCUCCUGUAAAAGAAACGUUCAUCAGCGCUGGCCACAUUUUUGGAAACCAGGUGGCCAUGAUCAAUGUUGAAGAUCAUGAGGAAGGAGCGUCUAGCUGGAUACGACAAGCCGCGCCUAAUGAAGAACUGACAAACUGGAAGGCUGUGGAAGUCCCUCAAAUUUUUCAAAAGUAAUUUUAUUAUUUUAGACAAAACCCUGUGCUCUGCCCAAGGCACAGUGGCAUGUUGUAGGGCCCCCUUUAUCUUUUUUUAAGAAUUUUUCUAUCAAUAAUAAAUGGAGAUUUGCAUUCAA